AACGACUCCUCCCUCAGAUUCACACACACACACACGCUCGCAGGCACGCACAUUCUCAGUGAACUCCGCGCGCGGCUCUCUCGUCAGUCUCGCGCUCAGCGCGUGUGGAGAAACAGGAGCGCUGGACCUGAAGGAGUGAUGUGAUUUAGUUCUGCUCUUCUUUAAGAGGAACCAACACUUCGAGAGGAGACACGACAGUGAGAGAACCGAACCGAGCUGUCGAUCAGAACAGUUCCCGUGUGCGCGAGACACGCGCCGGACGCGGAGCGAUGGAUUCCUCAGCUCAGCGCUCGCGAGGAAACACAGAUGCGCUUUGGACUGGUGGCCACACCUCGUCCUUGAACGCCCAACUCGAAGAGGCCGCCAAUGCUUGACUCGCCAUUGUGACUAAACAGAAACCGUAGCCUCUUCGACACUAACCCGCAAUCGACCGCCGUUUAUCCUUUCUGUCUCUUGCAACCCUCUUCAUGGCCAACCUCCUGAGCUAUGUGCUGUUCCUGGUGCUCCGGACGUACGCCGCCCCGCCAGAGUACAUCCAAGUGUGGCCCGGCGGGUCGACGCCGGCCCCGGGAGAUGCGGACAACGAGACGGUCACCCCUUCUUUGGUCCCUCCUCCAGGAACCAGCAAGCACAAGCCUCACAGCAUCAUCAUCGGCGUCCGAAAAGGAGGCACAAGAGCGUUGCUCGAGAUGCUGGAUAUCCAUCCCGAAGUGGCGGCGGCCGCCACCGAAGUUCACUUCUUCGACUGGGACGAGAAUUACGCCAAAGGCUUCGAGUGGUACCGCGAGCAAAUGCCGUAUUCGUACCCUAAUCAGAUCACCGUGGAAAAGACGCCGGGGUAUUUCACGUCUGCCGUUGCGCCUGCGCGGAUUCACGCUAUGAACUCUUCCAUCAGACUCUUGCUGAUCUUGAGAGACCCUACGGAGAGGGUCAUCUCGGACUACACACAAGUCUACUUCAACCGUCUGGAGAACCACAAGCCCGUGCAGGCCAUCGAGAACAUGCUGGUCAAGAACGGCGCGCUGAACACACGCUACAAGGCGAUCCAACGCAGUCUUUAUGAUGUCCACAUGAGGAACUGGCUCCAGCACUUUCCACUGGAGCAGAUCCACAUUGUGGACGGGGACACGCUGAUCCACGACCCCCUACCGGAGCUCCAGCGAGUCGAACGCUUCUUGGAUCUGCCGCCUCGGAUCGUGGCGUCCAACUUCUAUUUUAACCAGACCAAAGGCUUCUACUGCAUUCGCAGUGAUGGCCACGAGAGAUGCCUGCAUGAGUCAAAAGGACGUCCGCACCCUCCUGUUAACAGCACCGUGCUGCGUCAGCUGCGCUUGUACUUGCGCCAACACAAUCGGAACUUCUACCGGCUUAUAGGACGUACCUUUAACUGGCAGUAGUGGGAGGGUCUGGAACACGCAUUCUGACCAAUCACAGCCCAGCUGAGUGGCUGAUUGAUAGCUGAUGGACCGUACAAACUGACUUCAGAACAAUCACGUUUUCAAUCUGACGAGUAUGAUAUUAAAACAGUGACUGUGAGAGGAUCUUUGCUGUCAAGUGUCUUUGUCGUAACUAAGUUACCUGAGACAAAUCUGGUGAACACUGAAUCAUUUUUUUUUUUUCUCUUUUUCUCUGUUUGUUUGAUAUUCUUGUACUUGAUAAUAAAUGGUUCUGCUUCCAAAAAUA